AUGAUGAUGAUGAUGAUGAUGAUGAUGAUGAUGAUUCGGAUGAUGUUGAUGAUGAUGACGAUGAUGAUGAUGAUGGAUGAUGAUGGUGAUUAUGAUGAUUCGGAUGAUGAUGAUGAUGAUGAUGAUGAUGAUGAUGAUUCGGAUGAUGAUUCGGAUGAUGAUGAUGAUGAUGAUGAUGAUGAUGAUGAUGAUGAUUCGGAUGAUGAUUCGGAUGAUGAUUCGCGAUGA